AUGGUAAAAUGCCAGCACCCUCCUCAAGAGAACAAUGUCAAUAACCUUCUCUGGAUUUCUACAGUUUUACAGUUCUACAGUCCCAUAGCUGAAGUUCAGUUUGCUCUUUACGGGACAGAUGGUAAACCGAGCAAUGGAAGCGCUGGAGUUGUUUUGGUCAAAGUGCUUAACCGGACAGUAACUGUCUCCCCGUCGAACUUCUCAGACUACAAAGCAAAUGUCAUGUGCAAAGAGCUUGGUUAUAAUUAUGCUGAGGAUUGGUUUGAAUUAGAUAACUCGUACUUUUGGGAUGCGAUAGAAGCCUGGACAAUCACCACACCGGGUUCGAACAGGCAACCUCUCACUCCUGACACGCACAAUUCUUACAUCUUUUUGUCAAUUCUCUGCCAGAACCUAUACUCUGUGUCCCAUUUCUUGUGUCCCAUCCUGAGUCAAAACAGCAUAACUGCAGAGGUAUGCAAAAAGCAGCGGUCUGAGCGGAGUGAAGCCGCAGUCUCGCCACCCGGCCGGCCCGCGGUGUCAGUCCCGCCACUAGCCCGGGUAGAUAUUGUAAAAUUUACUACACCUUAUACCAACACUCCCUGUGCUACUUCCGGGAGAGUGAGCUGCGAACUCAGUACACGACAUGUACAAUGUAGAGAAAUACAUGUUUUAGGAUAUACAUUUAACUCUGCAGCCACAUCAGUCGCAAAUCAGGACACUGACGAAUCCUCAGGUAAUGAUACUGGCAAACAAAGCUCGUCUGACUCCACGAGUUCUAACACCUCACAACGACUCAGAGUCACCAGUAGAAAACCCAUAGGAAAUCGUGCAAACUACAGUAAACUGAUAGGAGACGAUAAUGAGGAAGAUGAUGAUGAUGGAGAUGGUCCGAAAAAGAGUAAACAGAAGAUACUCAAUGGCGAUCAUCUGCUCACCCCACUGAAAAGAGAUUGUCAUCUCCCCGUGGUUUCACCACUCACUGAAGAAACCCCGACGACCGUCAGUGAGUCUCUCAAAAACAAAGUAAUAGAAUUCAUCGAAAAGGAUGAUGAUGAACAAGAUUCUGGGAACAGAACACCACCCUCCCCUCUUUAUCAAAACCAAAUAGCACGACUUGAUAUCACAAAGUCCUGGCCAACCCCGAGCAUUCACAUAACUCCAGCCAAGAGACCAAAGUCAGAAAAUGAUGAAGAAAUCGAUGGCUACUUCACAGGCAUAGGAGCCCCUGAGAUCACCCCACUGCCCAUUCACUCGGGCAAGAAACGGAUGUUGCUAUCCCCUUACGACUCCCGUUUCAGUCGAAUCCGACCGAGAUCGAGAUCAGUAGGCCCAUACCCCCCUGCUGAAAUUGUGAAGAAACGUCUUCGGCUAAAGGUCGACAAGGAGUUAUUUAAUGCAACACCUGUGCGGAAAAGGUCCCCAUCAGAAUCUGACAUUAACUUUGCUGAAUCAUUCUCUAUUCCAAAACAUGAACUAGGCUGUAUCAGAAUUAACGAGGAAGGAUACCAUGAUUGCUCUGCUGGGAGAGAAUCUCUGAUCCACAUCAAACACGACUUCCUAAAUGGAGACUCCAACCUCACCCCGGCGAGCCUAGUCACUAUACUGGAAAAUACGCUAAACAGGAAGAGCUACCCGAUGGGUGGCACUACAAGUGAAGACCUCAAACUGAAAGCUGACCAUAAACUGGGCCAUCAAUCGAUCGCAGUAAUAUGGAACCAAGAGGUUGUGGACUCAAUUACAAACAGGAUAUCCGCUCAAGAACAGCGCAGUGAUCUUUGUCACAAGGAAGCUGUCACAGACCCACUCCUCUACCUACUUGCAAAGCUUAAUGCACACUACCAGCAAAUAGAUAUAAAGAAGACAUCCCCAAUGUUCAACUCUCUCGAAAUUAUCAGUAUGGAAGGCAGAAACUUCAAGAUAGACCUCAGUGAAACAGAUAGAGGACUUGGAGACCCAAUGAUCUGUUUGCACAUGGGGAGGGAGCGUGCGUUGAAUAUCAUACCAAAGAAGCUAAACAUCGCAAUGAUGGAUGUCUUCGACGUGCAACUGACCAACCUUGCCGUUAUAUCUGCCCUGCCAAAAACUACCGAAAGCAUGCUCAUCAGCCUAGCACGCGAAAAUGCACUAGAAGCUGACAUCCUCGACUUCCACAUAAUUGUUUCACCUAAACACCAUACCUUACGAGAAGAGGAUAACGUUCCAACUCAACUACAGCGACGAGAAUUCAAUACAGACUGUAAAGUAAUUGAAACUGGAACUCAAUUAACAAAAGAUGUAACCGCCAUGGAACAAGCUGAAAACCCGGCCGCUAGUGACGAGCUGAAUGUGUCAGUAAUGGUGGCAGAUACACAAGUCACUAAAGAUGAAGGAUCUGACCAAUCCGAAACCAGAGAAGAGCUUCCGAAUCAUCACCAAUCCCCCGCAACUAAUGAUGAACAGAAUGAAUUGCUGACAGAGACCCAACUCACUAAAACUGAAAACUCAGGUUCUGCUGAACAACGAGACAAUGCUUCGAAAAAGGAGGCUUUCGUAGAACCACAAAAAGCUCUCACAACUAAUGUCUUCCUUCAAGAGAAAACCUGCGAACUCAUUAUUGAGGGACAAAAAUCAGCCGCGAUUAAGAAGUGGCUUAAAUUCUGCAACCUAAAGUCCCAAGGCAACAAUUUGAAAAAUCAGGCCUCCCUACUUCAGCUCGUAAAGCUGGUAAAUCAACAACAAGCCCAAGCUUCCAAAUCGUUCAUCUCAGGAAUGGUAGAGAAAAUGAAAGGUUCCUUGAUUGACGGUGAACUCUUUCACUUGGGAUUAGACUCUAAAAAAACUGCAUCUCUGACGGAUGCAGCUAAGAAAAAGCUUCUCAGAGAACGAAUACUAGAUACCCAAGAAGGUCGAGCCCAAAGCAAUGAUGAAAAGACCUCCAAGCUUCUACCAACCAUGCUGAGUGAUAGCUCAGAUGGUAUCAGCUCGCAAGAAGAUAGCGCAGAUGAAUGGGAAACACCAGCAGAAAACUCAAACUCAGACGUAAAACUGAAAGAGUUCGUAAAGAAAAAAAAGGCACCCAUUACUUCUAAAAACAAGCGCGCAAAAAAGAAAAAGGAAACAUCUAAAGUUGGUACAUCUACAGGAUCUAAUCAAACUGAUACUUUGGUGAACUGCGACUCUUGUAAGUCCAUAACAGAAGGCCCUCUGAAGGUGCUCCAGGAAUGCCUACUUCGACUACAAGAUGACAUAUGUAAGCAAAAUGCAAUCAUCGAAAAUCUUGCGAUCCGAACCAGAACAAUGCAGGAGCAACACGCCAACCCAAAAACUCCCCCGCCAAACAAAAGAUUAGAAGCAAACAACAAACUAAUAUUCGAAACUCUCAAUACCCAGCAAACUUGUUUGGACACAAUUACAGACUCUCUCAGUAAAAUGAAAAAAGAUUACACUAAAACGAAAAACAAAAUCGACGCCCUAGAGCCGAAUGUGCAGAAAACGAAAAAGAGUGUAACUACUGACCUGAUGAAUCCCACAACUAAGGUCAAUAAUAAUGCAACAUCUUCUCCGCAAGUUGCUAAACGAGAAUGCAUACCAGAGUAUGCAGAAACCUCACAGCGUCAACAAACAAUGAUACUUUGUGUACUAGCAGCGUUGUGGCGUGACAACCAGGAACUGAAAUCCUCCUUAAAAGAAAUGAGAGGAAUGUCCACCAAAGACAAAUCUUUCGAUCAAGCUAAAAGCAAAGCUGGAAUAGAAAAGGAAAAGUCCUCAAACAACAAUGGGGCUCAAAAAACCAGAAGCACUAAUGAAUUGAAUAACAUGAAGCACCACAACACAGAGUUGUCUUCAUUUAGUUCAACGGCCAAGGAACCACAAAAGGAUGCUUGUGCUAUGACGGAAAACUCAGGAAUCUUCAGAAUCGCGGAAAAGGACCUCCCUCAAACUACCAACACAUCAGAGAAAAUAAUCCUGAACAGCACAAAAACUAAGGAAAACAAAAAGAAUGACGCCCCACCUGAUGAUUCGACAGAUUGGAAUAUGUCAACAAGCUCUGAUUCGAGAAAACAUCUACUUCCCAAUCCUAAGACAAACCAGCUGAGGAAAACAAACAUCCUAACCAACUGCAAAGCUAAUCUUCCGUUUACUGGACCAAAGAGUAGUCAAAGCAAAAAGUUCAAUACACACAAAUGUCUCAUUGUGCAUGAUGCUUACUUUGACAAAUUCGAGCAAGACAAAUUCUCACGAGUCUUUGACAUCAGCCGUCUAAAAGAAAAAUCUGCUGAAUCUACCAUCAAGAACGGAAAUCUGAUUUCACGGAUCAAGGCAGUCAAACCAGAAACUGUAGUUAUUCACGUUGGUUUCGGUGACGUGCUGUGUAACACAGAAGGCAACAUCAUAACAAAUAACUUUAAAAAGAUCAUUUACAAUGUUCUAGAGAAUACCUCAACCAAACUAUGUGUUUCGCUUAUGAUACCAGUACCAGGAUACCCUGAAACCAAUAGUAGACUACGGCAGAUCAACAACACCUUAAGGGAAUUUAUAUCCUGCGAAAGAACCUCCCACAAGUAUAAGGAUCGCCUAUUUACAACCAACAACGACUCUCUAGGAGGAUACAUAGAAAGAAAAAUCGAUGACAAUGGAAAAGCAAGUAUCCAACUUAGUGAACGUGGACAAUCUAGGCUUUGGCUACGUCUCAGAGACAGUCUGCAGCGCUCGGUAGGAAUCCAAACACCAUCAAAACAAACAAACAACAGAACCCUACGGAACGAUUCACUACAUGAAUAA